AUGUCAAGAUCGAGAUACACAGAAAGGGUCGCCUCGCCUCUCGGAUCCAACCCCAAGACCACCCCAGCUAGUCCAGCACCCACACCGGCACCUAGGGGUAGGAUCCGUCCUCCAGUCUCUACCCCUUCUCCUCUUUCGUCUUCAGUUAAGACUCCCCUCACCAACUCUAGUGCAAACUCCGUCCCUAUCAAACCCUCUGUCAACCUCUCCAACCCUGCCAAGUAUGCCCCUCCUACCCCCUCAACACCUCAAGUCCAACCCCUGAAGACUCCACCUCCACGAACCUCUUCCAACGUUCGUUCCAUUCCCAUCAAGAAUGACCCCUUCAUCCCUGCUCCUACACCUCCAAUGGUUUACAACUCGACGCCCUUUUCACAACCCGAGGUAAACUUCAACAACUCCAAUGCCGAGGCGGACCCGAGCAAUAUCCCUCCUCCCAUCAAGACUGAAGAUAACCUUCACCGAGAAUCCACCGCUAGCUUCUCCGGCAUUGGAGGUAUUUUGACCCAAUCCUAUGAUAGUGAUUCCGACUCCGAGAUGGAAACCCUCACUACUACCUCUCCAAAACCCAGAGAGGCAAGAGUAAAGAGUAUGCGAGCGGAAGCUGAACGAGUAGGAAAUAUCAGGAGUGUAGAGGGAGAAUUAGGCUUGACUUCCAUCCCCAAUACUCCGCAGAAGACUUCCUUCUCUCGACCCACACCAACCUCUACCCAAGUCACUUCUGCCUCUCGUCAGAAACAAUCGGAUGGGAUGACCGAACAGAGACCAAAGUCUAUACUCAAAGGUGGGCUCGGACAGAGGAACCAAGCGAUGUCAGAAAGGACCACUCAAAGACCUCCUACGAUUGUACAUUUUCCUGAACCUGCUAUGACGGGAAGAAUCCGAGAUGGUCCUAUCGGUUUGGGUUCGAAUGGUGUAGGGUUGGAAAGACCUAGACCUACCUUGGUUAUUCCUCAAACUCCUAAUGCUCAAACUCAACAACGUCUCGAUGAAGGACAAUCCCCUUUUUCGCCUCACGAUCGAACGGUCGAUCAUAAUACAACUCAUUCAGGAGGUUAUCCAAGUCCUAUUUCACCUCAACCAGAUAAUCAAAUCUUACAACCUCCCGCUCAACUUCAUCAAAACCAAUAUUACCCACCUCACUCUCCCCAAUUGCAUGGUUCACAUGGAUUUGUCAAUUUACCACCACCGGCAAGUCCUAUCUCACCAUUCCUCGCUGCACCGAGACCUCAGAUGAAAGAAGGAGGUAGGAGAGUGGGACAGGGUAUAAGAAGGACUGAUUUUUGGGUAGGAAGGAAAGGAGAAGAAGUUUGGAAGAGGAUGAGUGUUAUGAUGAAAUUGGAAGGUGGUGGGGAUAGCGAAUGGCUAGCCAAGCAACAAUCCAGGAGGACGACACUGCGGAGAUUGAUCUGGGGAGGAUUGAUAACUACCAUAUUGAUAGUCAUCGUCAUCGUCGUCAUCUUGGUCCUUCGUUCGAAAUUAUGA